AUGGCAGCAAAGAAGUCAAACCUCCCCCUCCUCCUCGCAACCGCCACAGCCCUCGGCGGCGGAUACUACUACUACACCUCCUCCGGCGGCGACGUUAAAUCCGCCCAAUCCCAAUUCGAACAGGACACAGCCAAAGCCCGCGACUCCGCAACCGAAACCUUCAACCACCUCAAAUCCUCCGCAACCUCAGCUUCAGAACUUAGUAAACAAAAAUUCGAAGAAGCAACCGCAAAGAUCGAUGCCGAGAGAAAAAAGGCACAGGCGGAAGUUCAGCAGAAGAUCGAUGAGGCUGAUAGGAAGAUUCAGGAAGGGGCGAAGAAGGCUGGUGGAUGGUUUGGAAGGGGUUGA